AACUUGAGUUUAUCGCCAGUUCACGGUCGUUCGUCCACACUUACCGUUUCCACGGGACCAUGCGUUCGAUUCUACUUCUCGCGUUCUUAGCAAACACUAAGAUGAGCAAUGCAGAAGAGAUCUGGCAGCAAGAUCUGUCUAAAGACAUGCAGAUAGGUGCAUCCACCGAUGGCUACGAUCGCGUGGGGUUGCGAUGCGGCGCUGAAAGAAUGACCGUCGAGCUCAAAACUACAAAGGACUUCUCAGGGGUGAUCUACACGCAGGGUAACUUUUAUUCCCGAGAACCGUCCUGUUUCCUCGACCCAGUUCGCGGUAGAAGCUUCACCAUGAGCAUCCCUUUGAACAAAUGCGACACUGAAAGGAAUGGUGACAAAUACAGCAACAUCGUGGUGAUUCAGCACGACGACGAGUUGUUAACACCAGGUGACGCCGCUUUUACGUUAGAGUGUGACUUCUCGAGACCGCGUGAUCUUACGGUAUCGGCGGAUCUUAAUGGAAAUAAGAAGAGAUCGACUAGAUCGAGUAUAGCUCUCAUCGACGCCGAUCCAGGAAGUGACAGAAGAAAGAGGUCAGCGUACGUGGAAAGCUACGGGGACGAAGUUGUUUUCGUGCCGAAGCAAACAUAUCGUAAGGCAAACGACGAACUGUGAGAUACCAGUAUGUGCUAGCUUAAUAA